CUUGCAAUAUUGUAAUGGCUGCACAAGGAGUUGGUUUUGUAUACAUACAUAAUUCACGCUAAAUGAUCUGGACCGUAACAUGCACAGAUAUUUGUAAUGCUGUUUGAAAUGUUGUUUGGGGUGCUGUACAUAUGUUCUAUGAUUAAUAGUGUAAUUUUCUUAAAUGUAUCCUCCACAAAUGGCUCUCGGUAUGGAUGGAGCUGUACUGCCAAAGUCACUUCUGUAAUUGUUGCCUAUCUUCCACAAAGAUGCAAAACGUGAAUGUUAGAAGUGAUUAUUUUUCAAAUACAGCAUCAGCUUCUGGGAGCAACACUAAGAUGAACAAUCACCAGAUAUGUGGUUCAGUUCACAUCACUGAAAAUGUGAUGAGUUCUGAUGAACAAAGCCAAACAUACAACAAGUCUGUUCAUAAAAGAGUGAAGCUUAGCAAAGUGUUAAAUGCUGAUGAUAUUUUCUUUUCAUCACAUAAUAGCAACAGAACACCUACAUAUGGCCUUAACAGGUUAAAAGACAGUUUCUAUGAUGUACCCUGUGAAGAUCUGGCUAAAGGACUCCUUGGUAAAAUUCUUGUUAGACGAUUAAGUGAUGGAACAGUGCUUAAAGGUCACAUUGUAGAGACAGAAUGCUACCUUGGAGGUGAUGACAAAGCAUCUCACUCAUAUAAGGGAAGGAUCACAGAAAGAAGUAAACCCAUGUAUAUGAAGCCAGGAACAACUUAUGUGUAUAUAACUUAUGGCAUGUAUCACUGCUUCAACAUAUCUAGUCAAGGUUCAGGCGCAGCUGUUUUGUUGCGAGCGUUGGAACCUCUGGAAGGAUUAGAAUUCAUGCAUUUAGAGAGAGGGAAAAGAAAAAAGAGUACAUCAUCAAAACCAAAAGAACUGAAGGCCCAUGAGUUGUGCAGUGGUCCAGCAAAAUUAUGCAUGAGUUUCAAUAUUACUAAGUCAUUAUGUAACGAGCAAGAUUUAACAGCAUGGGAUGGAUUGUGGGUAGAGGAAGAUGAAUCAAACCAGAAGUCACUGGACCCGUGUCAUAUAGUGACAUCACACCGAAUUGGAAUUGAUUCAGUUGGUAGAGAGUGGGCAUCAAAACCUCUUCGUUUCUAUCUGCUGGGGAAUUCAUCUGUCAGUCGUAGAGACAGAGCCAGGGAGAAGGAACUUUGGGAAACAAUAAAACAUUCUUCUUCAACAAAAGAUUCAUUUUUCCCUCAGGAUCCAGCAUAUGAAUGAUGUGGUUACUGUAUGUCAUUAUUAUAUUAAACUAUGUGUUAAUCCAAACUGAAGAGUAAUAUUCACAAGUUUUAUAUGAGUUUUAGUACAUUUUCACAUUAACAGAGCUGUAAAUGAAGUUACAUCAUAAUACAGAAGUGCACGGGUUAUUAUUAAUUUUGAUGUCUAAUAAAUUCCAUUGUAUGAAGAAAG